UUAGAGACGAGUCUGUGCGCCGGAGCGGGAUAAGGGACGGCGGGCGGGGCAGGCGCGCAGUGAGCGGAGGUUUCAUCCCCAACUCCGGCAGCUGAUUUGGAUUCCUCGGGCAGCCUGAGCGCAAGGAGAGAGGGAGGCGGGCGCGCCGCCCAGGUGCAGCGUCUCCUGCUCGAUUCGGGCUCUGCCUCCCCGCCCCGAUCCCCUCCUCCUGCCUCUUCCUCCGCCCCGGGCUCCAGCGGGCAGCGAUGUUUGAGCCCCGCCGCUGUCCCGCAGUCCCCGACCCUCCCGUGUCUCGCUCCGGAUCGCCCUGCGGCCGGCUGGGGCGCGUCUGAACCCGAUGGAGUUCUUAUUCCGGGGACCAACAUGCGAAAGAUGAACUACCUGCGCCUUUGCUUUGUACUCUGGGACCUCCUGGAUGCGGCGCUGGGCUACCUGACUGUCAGCAUUGAGCCGCUUCCGCCUGUGGUGGUCGGGGAUGCCGUGACUUUGAAAUGUAACUUCAAGACGGAUGGCAGGAUGCGGGAGAUAGUCUGGUACCGGGUAACAGAUGGUGGUACCAUCAAACAGAAGAUCUUCACCUUUGACGCCAUGUUCUCCACCAACUACUCGCACAUGGAGAAUUAUCGCAAGAGAGAGGACUUGGUGUACCAGUCAACAGUGCGUCUUCCAGAGGUUCGGAUCUCAGACAACGGCCCGUACGAGUGUCAUGUGGGCAUUUACGACAGAGCUACCCGGGAGAAGGUGGUCCUGGCAUCUGGCAACAUAUUCCUCAACGUGAUGUCUCCUCCCAUCUCCAUCUCCGUCAUUGCUGCGGACACGCCCGCCCCCUUCAGCCGCUACCAAGCACAGAACUUCACCUUGGUCUGCAUAGUCUCUGGAGGGAAGCCUGCCCCGAUGGUGUAUUUUAAGAGAGACGGGGAGCUCAUUGAGGUGGUGCCCCUCCUGGAGUCUCCAUCUAGCGCUGCCGGGUUACAGGACAGCCGAGCCACUCGGAACCUGCUGAACCGUGACCUGGACGACACCAAGAUGCAGAAGUCCCUAUCCCUGCUGGACGUGGAGGACCGGGGUGGGCGACCCUACACAGAGGACCCCCUCAAGAGCCUCACCCCUGACCCGGGACUUCUGUUCAGCCCGGCCACAGAGAUCAUCCCAGAGACUGUGGUGAGCCGGGAGUUCCCGAGGUGGGUCCACAACAUGGAGCCCGUCUAUUACUACCACCAUACGCACAUCCCCCUCAGCGACGGCACCGUGGAGGUGCGGGCCAUGCUCAUGUGGACACUUAACCCGCAGAUAGACAAUGAGGCACUCUUCAGCUGUGAGGUCAAGCACCCUGCCCUCUCCAUGCCCAUGCAGGCCGAGGUCACACUAGUUGCUCCCAAGGGCCCCAAAAUCAUGAUGACCCCAACAAGAGCCCGUGUUGGAGACACAGUUCGGAUCUUGGUGCACGGCUUUCAGAAUGAAGUCUUCCCUGAGCCCUUGUUCACCUGGACCCGUGUCGGGAGCAGGCUCCUGGAUGGCAGCGCUGAGCAUGAUGGGAAGGAGUUGGUCCUGGAAAGAGUGCCGGCUGAGUUAAACGGUUCCAUGUAUCGCUGCACUGCUCAGAACCCACUGGGCUCCACGGACACCCACACCAGGCUGAUAGUGUUUGAAAACCCAAAUAUUCCAAGAGGAACAGAAGACUCAAAUGGUUCAGUGACCAGCCACAGCGGCUUCAGGCUAAUUUUGAUGCUCAUCCUAACAGUGAUCCUGGAGCUGACGUGAAGGCUUGCCUCUUCCUCCUCCUCCUUUGAGCAGCUCCACCCAGCAUUUACAUCUCUGUCAAUUGGUUUUCUUUUCUUCUUUUUUUUCUUUUUCUUUUUCUAAACUAUUUACAGUCUUGUC